GCCUUAGCGCGACGCCUGACCCAACAAGACGAUCACUGGCACUGCCGUUGAGCCGGCUGGCUGAAGGGGAGGCGACGGAGCCGAAGCUGUCAGCUUCGAUAGACCUGUCUGCCAUGCGUGCACCUCGGACAAGCGGCUUCAUGUCAGCACGAGGCACCUCCUUCGCGAGCCGGACAACAAGAGCAGCAGACGCUGUCAUGUUAGGAGACUCAAAAAUUGAAAUUUAUUUAUCUAGUCCUUUUCACAAAGUUUUCUUGCACACGAAGGGAUCAUCUGCACACAAUAUUUUCAUACUACUGGCUUUCCCGGCAACGACUACCCGAACUCGAGGUGGUAUAUCAUGAAUUAUAUAUAGAAGAAGAGCAAGAAACUUAACUAGAGAUGUUGAUCACACCUCUCAUAUGAAGAGUGUCGAUGUCGCGACAGAGGCCGACGAGAUAUCGCCCAACAUUUCUAAUCAUGGACGGAGAGCAACAAGGACUCGUGACGCCGUUUUCAGGACUGCAAAAGGAACACAUGGCCUUAGCGAAGCAAGAAAUGGACGGGGCUGCGCGAGAGUUCAACAGACUGACAAAGAUGAUCCGGCGCGAGCAAAGCCAUCUCCUGCGAUUGGAGCGCGACUUCGAGGAGGCGCGCGCCAACGAAACCGUCGAAAUGAGUGAGCUUAAACAAGAGCUUGACCUCGUCUGUCAGAGAUUAUGAGGAAUCGAAGGAUUACAUGAACCACGUAGCUGCGAACUUCUAUUCCCUCAUCAUGUUUGUGAUGUUCUAAUGAUCGACUCUUGCUAUCUUUACAGCGUACUUCUUGUAAUUAAUAACGGUUCGUUUUCCCUCUGAAUCUUAGGGUUUCUCCCUUCAUGCAAUUAGUGACGGAAAUUAUCCGAGUGGGGCUGUGGUGGUCGUUCCUGUUCUUGUUACGGUGUUAAGUAGAAACAACGUCUUUUUUCAUACUCUCUCGGUGAGCGGCAGGGAGCGGCUGCUGAGCUGGAGGUGCUACGGCGUUUGGUGGGCAAGGUUGAAAUAGAGUUGGGACGCAUGGAGGGAGAAUAUGAGAUUAAGAGAAAGGUACUCGAAGCUGGAAAGCGAGACCUCGAGCAAGACUUGGGCACGCGGCGCAGCAGUGUCAUCCACUCGGACCAGGAUCAGGCACAGCAGCAAUCCAUGAUCCAGCUGCGACUCGACCAGAUGACAGCAUUCGACACCCGCAUGGCGGAACACGAGACAACGUACAAAUUGAAACGCACGGGACUACAGAAUUGGCUUGCCGACAACAGGGCGAAACUGUCUGCUGCGCAGGCUGAGAUCGGUGAACAGCAACAAGGGUCCUCUCUGUUGCAAGAGGACGGCUACCAUGACAACGCUGAAGUAUUAGCGGAUGCGCUGGGCACCUUACCGCCGCCAGUGCUGAAUCUGGUCUCACCACAGGACAUGGCCAGCACUGUCGGGCCGCUUUCACAGGCAAGAGCCGCCUCGAAAAAGAAUAGCAACUCCUCUUCGACGAAUUCAGGAGAUGCCUUGCGUGCACGAUACGAGGUGCUGAAUUCUAAGGUCGCGCAAAUGGAACAAGACUGCGGCGAAAAGGCGAAGACACGCGAAGCGCAAAUUGUGCAGCUCGAAAUCCGUUUAGCGAACUUAUUUCGAGAGCGGGAAGAGGCACGGCGCGUGCGCGACCGAUCCCAGAAGUUCCUGGCGGCGAAAAUGCGGGAAUUGGAGGAGCAAGCAAUCGAAGCAGGCGUUGAUGCUUCUGCUAUGUCUCCUCCCGGAAUAGGUAUAGACGGGAGUAAUCGCUCCAGUAAUAUGUCGGGGGGUCGAGCCUCUUCAACUGUAGAGGGGGACCGAGUUAGUUUACUUCCGGGGGCGGUGAGUCGUGACUCCGCUACGAGACCUGGUCGUCGCACACAACUUGCUGCAUCGUUUGACCGCUUUUUUGCACCCGGCGGUACAAGGAACCAGCAGGGAGACAGAAUCAGUGCCAGUUUUCUGUCGCAGAGCGGCCGAGACGGCCGGGCAAGUGGCCAGGGAGGGAGUAAUGCGCCGUCAGUGAGCACAGUGGGUGACUUGAACCGACUUGCUCCGAAUUCG